AAAGCCAAAAGUACUUUUUUCAAGUGAAAAGUUUACCUGCAGGUUUCCAAUUUUAAAAUUGGUUUUGAGUGUGCAAAAUAGUGUGGGAAUUUUUGUUUUAUCGCUUCCAUUUUCCCUAUAAAUUAAGUGUAAAUUUGAUCAUUGUCACAAUGUCAGAUGAUGAAGAAAUUGCUUAUGUCAAGCGUCAGAAAAUUAUUCAUUUUGGAAGUUUAGAAGAACAAGAAAGACUAAAGCUUGCUGAGAAAGAAAAAGAAAAAGAUGAAGAGAGUGAUGAUAAUAAAGAACCCAGUGACGAUGAGGAAGCUACAGCUGCAAAAGAAACGCUGUCUGCUGGAGAUGUUAAUAUUAGUGAAGAAUAUAUGGAAUUAGAAGAAGAAGAAAACAAAGAAAAACAAAUGCUCUUGGAAGAAUUUGAAAGGAGGAAAAAGGCUCGUCAAAUUAACGUAUCUACAGAUGAUGCAGAAGUUAAGGCUACUUUAAGACAAAUUGGUGAACCAAUAUGUUUAUUCGGAGAAGGGCCUGCAGAUCGUAGAGAAAGGUUAAGACAGCUUUUGGCAAGAUUAGGAGAAGAUGCAGUUAAAAAGAAGCAAGAGGAGGAGAAAGUAGAAGUUAAAGAAAAACUGACUGAAACAACUUGGUACCAUGAGGGUACCGAAAACUUAAGAAAGGCAAGAGAAUGGAUUGCUGCUUAUUCAAUACCUAGGGCAAAAGAAAGGCUUCAGAAAGCUAAGAAAGAGAAAGAAGAACCUGCUUCUAUAAAAAACGCUAAAAAACAAGAACAGUACAAAAAAUUAAGGUCUUUGAAUAUUAGUUGCAGUCAGAUUGGUGAUACAAGACCAUUAUCAUUUUGCCAAUUUAGUCCAAAUUCACAGAUGCUUGCAACUGCAUCAUGGAGUGGUCUUUGCAAACUGUGGUCUGUUCCAGACUGUGAACUUAUCAGAACACUAAGAGGUCAUAACUGUAAUGUUGGCUCAAUUGUAUUUCAUCCACAGGCAACCCUGAGUCAAUCAGAAAGCAGUGUAAAUAUGGCAUCAUGUUCCACUGAUGGAACUGUAAAACUGUGGGAUUUAAAAAGUGAUGAACCAAUUGCUGAUUUAGAAGGGCAUGCCCCACAUCGUGUAUCAAGGCUUAUUUUCCAUCCAUCUGGACGGUUUUUAGUCACCUGUGUAUUUGACAAUUCUUGGAGAUUAUGGGAUUUGGAAGUUCGAGAAGAAAUACUUCACCAAGAAGGUCACAGUAAACCUGUUUACGAUGCCAGUUUUCAAUGUGAUGGAUCACUCGUAGCUACUGGUGGAAUGGAUGCUUUUGGUCGAGUUUGGGAUUUACGAACGGGCAGAUGCAUCAUGUUUCUGGCAGGUCAUCAAAAUUCUGUUCUCACUAUUUGCUUUUCUCCAAAUGGUUAUCAGUUGGCCACUGGAAGUGCUGACAAUACUGUAAAAGUGUGGGACUUAAGAAGACAAAAGUGUGAAUAUACGAUAGCAGUUCAUACUAAUCUUGUGUCUAGAGUGCUCUUUGAAAAAACAUACGGUGAUUACUUGGUUACUACUUCUUAUGAUAAUUCUCUAAAGGUGUGGUCACAUCCAGGAUGGACUCCAAUUCAAACAUUAUCUGGACAUAGUGGAAAGGUAAUGGGAGCAGACAUAUCGAAUGAUGAUCAGUACAUUGCUACUGCUUCAUUUGAUAGAACUUUUAAACUAUGGGCACCAGAAACUUAACUAUGCAUUAUUAUAAUAAUUUUUUAUAUAUUUGUAAAUAAAAAAACAAUAAAAAACUGAACAAAUUCUGAAAAAUUUA